UAAAAUUUAGAGUAGGAGUGAAGAUCAUAGCAAACUCCAGUCACUCUCUUGACUAGUCCGUUUCACUUGUGUGAUGUAAAUUCUACAACAAAUUCUCAUCUACGACUCUGAUUCUCUCUGCUUCCUCCUUUUUUUGCAUUCCUCCCAAAUCCGAUAACUAAAUAGUUCGAUUCUCCAAUCCUGAGAACAGUUCAAUUCGUUUCUGUCGCUAAUUGUUGGUUUUGGUAAAUGCGGAAUGGUGGUACUGCAACUAUGGUUGGUGAAUUUCCCGACGCCGACGUCGAGAAGCAGCAGAACGGCGGGGAUGAAGACCGCGAAAAUGCGGCCGUAGGUCAAUCUCAGGACUUGGCUAAGAAAGUAGUGAUUGACGUGGUGGUCGUGGACUGCGCCAGCAUAGGUCAAUCACUGCCCGAGAGAGAUUCGAAUACUUACGAAGAGUGCAGGGUAUGCCAGGAGGAUAAUGAAGAAGCCUUGAUCAGUCUUGGAUGUCUUUGUCGUGGCGGUCUUUCAAAAGCACAUCAUUCGUGCAUAGUGAAGUGGUUUAACACCCGAGGUUCGAAUAAAUGUGAGAUAUGCCAGUUAAGUGUCCGAAAUUUAAGAGAUGGUUUUAGCUUAAUCUAUACGUGUGAUAAUGAGCCUCCAUAUUUCUCAUGUAGGCAAGUAGCUGCCAACAUAAUACCUCCUGAUCCUCAGUCUAGUUACUGGGUUUGGGCGGUUGAUCCAGCCUUUAGAGCGCAGGACCCUCAAAGGGGGUGUUUUAGUCCGCUUUGGGUGGCGUUCUCCAUUCUUGUUGGUGGUCUUUUGCUGGAUGUGUUGAUUUCCAUAACCCUCGGUGUUUCUGCCCUUCCGGUUAACAUCACCAUUGGAGUGAUCGUUGUGCUGGGACUUGGCACAGCUCUUCGACUGGGGCUAGAGUUUUGUCAAGAGUGGAAUGUGAGAAGAGUGGUGCAGCGGGUAGAAGCAAACGCCACAAUUGGGUACCAUCCGGCACUGUGAGCCAGAUUUUUACCUGCAUAUUUUAUGAGCGGAUGUGUUGUUGUGUCUUAAGUUAAGAAAAAAAAAAUCUAGCUUUAUUCACCAAGUCAGGCGAUGGAAACUAGUUAGGAGGCUCAUCGAGAGAUCUUUAUUCCAUCUUGCUUCCACUGCUGACUUGCUGUAUAUAUUCAUUAUAUUGUCGCUGAUUCUUUGUAAAUGCUCAGUGAAUGAUUGGUGUAUGUAGUUAAGUUGUUCAUGUUAGACA